AUGUUCCCCCUUCAAGUUCAAGGCAUGAUUCCUCGACCACCACGCCUCAUUUCUAGGCGAAAACCUCCCAUGUUCUUUUGUUUGUUACUUCUAUUACUGGUGCCAAUUUUUCUGUUUGGAAUAUUUGUCCAUGGCCAGAAGAUUUCUUAUUUCUUCCGACCCCUUUGGGACAAUCCCCCUUCGCCCUUCAAACGUAUACCUCACUAUUAUGCAGAAAAUGUCUCUAUGAACCACCUUUGCAAUCUUCAUGGCUGGUCCCUUCGUUCCAAGCCUCGCCGCAUUUUUGAUGCUGUUAUUUUCAGCAAUGAGUUAGACAUGCUAGAGAUCAGAUGGCACGAACUUUUUCCCUAUGUAUCAAAAUUUGUGAUCCUUGAGUCCAAUACUACAUUUACAGGCAUUCCAAAAAGACACUUCUUUGCCUCUAAUCGGGAAAGAUUUGCCUUUGCGACACACAAGACUGUCCAUGACAUUUAUCCUGGCAGAGUUGCAGUCCCUGGAUCAUCUGAGGACCCAUUUACGCUUGAAUCAAAACAACGUGGGGCGAUGAAUUCAUUGUUACGCCGUGCAGGCAUUUCCAACGGUGAUAUUCUUCUCAUGUCAGAUACAGAUGAGAUUCCAACUCCUCAUACUUUGAAGCUGCUUCAGUGGUGUGAAGGCAUUCCUCCCAUAAUGCAUCUUGAGCUGAGGAAUUACAUGUACUCAUUUGAGUUCCCUGUGGACUACAGCAGCUGGCGGGCCACUGUCCACAUCUUUGGUCCCCGGACACUAUACCGCCACUCACGCCAGACAGACUUAAUCUUCUCUGAUGCAGGAUGGCACUGCAGCUUCUGCUUUCGGUAUAUUUCAGAGUUUGUGUUCAAGAUGACUGCCUAUAGCCAUGCAGACCGUGUGAAACGCAAGUCUUUCUUAAGUCAUUCAAGAAUUCAGGACAACAUUUGCAGGGGAGAUGACCUUUUUGAUAUGCUACCCGAAGAAUACUCUUUCCGGGAGUUGAUAAAAAAAAUGGGGUCUAUACCCCGUUCAGCUUCUGCGGUUCAUCUUCCUGCCUACUUGAUAAAGAAUGCAGAUAAAUUUAAGUUUCUUCUUCCAGGAGGUUGCUUAAGACCCCCAGAAUAA